AUGCUUAAAAGCGGCAGAUUGACCAUCGCUUGCAAAAGGCAUAUACAUGGUUGUAUUACUGGAAUUGGAAAUCCUGAACCACAGUAUGCCCAUACGAGACACAACGUUGGUUUGCUAAUGCUGGAUUUGCUAAGGAGCGGACUAGGGGGGUCCGAUAAACGUUUUGUACCGUGCAAUACCAGUCCCAAAGUUAAAAGAUGUCAACUUGAUGAUAUCAUGCUACUUAGAGCAGAUGGCGACUUCAUUAAUCUGAGUGGGAGGACAGUAGUUCCCCUUUGGAAUAAGCUCGGCUCCGGCGUGCAACAUUUGGUAAUUCACGAUGAGCUUAGUUUACCUCUAGGAAAAGUUCAGCUUCGAAAGCCUGGUCGAAGUCUAAGGGGCCACAAUGGUCUGAAAGACAUCUCCAAGUACCGAGGUGACCACUUUUUUCGAUUGGCUGUUGGCAUUGGCAGGCCCGAUGAGCGAGAUCCGGAGAUAGUUGCCCGCUACGUACUCUCUAAAUUCCGUCCUCAGGAGUUAGAAAUACUUCAAAACCAAAGUCUCCAGAAGGCCAUGCAUCAUGUAAAUAGUUGGAUGGUGGCAAUUAAGGCCAAUACGUCUACAUAG